AUGAUGGAAGAUUUGAAUGAUUCGUGUAAACUGCAGCAAGAAGUAAAAAUUAAUUUUGCAACUAAAGUCGUUCAUGCGGGCCAAAGUCCUGCAGACCAACAGUCUCCGUUUAAAGAUGUCGUUCCUCCCAUUUCAUUAAGUACCACUUUCAAACAAUUGGCUCCGAACGAACAUGCUGUAAGAUUUCUUUUCUAAUAAUCUCAACAAAAAUUCGUAUUAUAGAUACUACUUCACUUGUGAAGUUUUCACGUGAUUUACUAUAUUAGCAUAGUAAAUAUAUUAGAUAUACAAAUAAUUAGUAAUGUAGUCAUAUAUAUUUUUUCGUAGGGAUUUAAGUACAGUUUGUGCGGAAAUCCAAUAAAAAAAGUAUUACAGGAUUGUGUAGCUUCACUAGACGGUGGGAAACACUGUUUGACUUUUUCGUCCGGUUUGGGUGCUACUACGGCCUUGAUGUAUUUGUUGAAAACCGGGGAUCACAUAUUGUGCGGCGAUGAUGUGUACGGUGGUACGGCUAAUAUAUUCAAAAACUUUGUGAACCAAUUUGGAGUGAAGUUGACUAUGACCGACUUUACAAAUGAGCAAAUCGUCGAAAAAAUGAUUUUGCCUGAAACUAAAGUAAAAUAAUACAGUUAAAUUAAAGGCUAAAUUAAAACCGUUACCGGUAAUUUCAAAUUUUUUUAAAUUGUGUUUUUCAUACAACGACAAGAUAAUUCACUAAACGUACUCACCCACUCACCCAAUUUUGUUGGUCACAUUUCGCAUAUUAUAUUGAAUUUCUAAUUUUUGAAAUUGAAAGUGUAAUAAAACCCGAUGUAUCUGAAUACUUAGAUUUUUCAUAAUACUUAAAGAGUAUCCAGUGGCGAUACCAACUUUAGUUUUUCAAAUGAGAAUCUAUAUUAAAAAUUCCAUAAAUAGAUGGAAUAUUCGAUAAAAUAAAUUUUAACUUAAAAGUGAAAUAUCUAUUGUCAAUGAGUGAACGGAAAUAAAAAAUUUGAACAUCUAAAAUUUAUUUAAAUUAAUACACCAUAUAUUUAUGAAAUUUUAGUAAAUAGGUUCUUAUUUAAAUAACCAGAGUUUGGUGUCACCACAGAAUACUCCUUAAGUGUUGUGAAAAAUCGAAGAAUUAAAAAAAAAAUGGGUUUAACUACAAAAUUGCAAAAUGUUAAAUGCAAAAUUUAACCAAAAAUAUCGAGUAAGUACGCUUAGUGAAUAAUUCUGAACAUAUUUUCAAUUUUAAAUAGUUAAUAUGGUUGGAAAGUCCUACAAAUCCGUUAAUGAGAAUUUCAAACUUGGAAACCAUUUCAAAAAUUGCUCAUAACAUACGAAACGAUAUUGUUGUAGUCAUCGACAACACAUUUCAAACUCCCUAUUUCCAAGUAAUUUAUUCAAAGUUAACAUUUUAUAGUUGUAAACUUAAGAUUUUAAUACACAUUAUUUUGAUUAUUUUGUGUUGGUAUAUAGUUUGACAAAUCUUAUUAUAAUAAUUUUUAAAUAAAUAAAGCUGAUUUGACCUUUCGUGCAAUUCGUCUAUAUCAGCGGUUCCCAACCUAGGGUAAGCAUACCUAAGAGGUACGUGAAAACAAAAUUGGGUAAUGACUGACAAAUAUUGAAUUUGUUUGGUUUUCCUUCUACCUUUCCAACUUCUAACCUACUACAGUGGCCCCUCUAUCGUACGAAGUAUGUCCGUUUUUUUAUUUAAAUAUUUUAAGAGUAGUUAGUAAAAAAAGUUUUAAAGUUAUUAUAUUGUGAAGGGUAUAUAAUUUGUUGGCAAAAUAUUAAGAUUAGAGAUACGGAAGAAAAAAUAAAUUAGAAACCGCUGGUCUAUAUCAAAUAAUUGUAUGAAUAAUAUUAAACUAUGUAACAUCUUUUUUAAAGAAUAUUUAUCUAUUUAAUAAUUUAUAUAUUAUUAUACAUACAGAAACCUCUUGAUUUGGGUGUAGAUGUUGUGCUCUACUCGUUGACCAAGUACUUGAACGGUCAUUCCGAUGUCAUAAUGGGCGCUUUGGUCAUAAACGAUACCGAACUACAUGAUCGUCUGGCGUACAUUCAGUGCUGUAAGUGUUUCAUAAAUAAUAAUUGUUCAUAGUGGUAUUAAAAUGUAUUUUUAAUCUUUUAAAAGUUAGUCAUUUGAAAAUGUUGAACUUCUAGAAGAAAGAAUUUAACUUAAGGAAUGUAUUUAUAAUAAUGGAAAAAAACACCCGUAGGGCCCUUUCAAAUAUUAUCUACUUUAAUUUUUUAAAAAUAUGAACAUACUAUUCACGAUGGGUGGGUCACUGUUGUCGGUGAUAAAUUUAAAAGGUAGAGGGGAAAUUUAAUGUAUAUCUUUACGCAAUGAUUAAUCAUUGUUAACAAAAGCGAUUCUGAAUGAAGUUCGGUUAUACGUGUUUUGAAAAUCGCUCCGCUCAGAAUCUAAAAUUUGUAUUUUAACCAUCAUUAUGGAAUGAAUUAUUUUCAUUUUAUUGUUUUAUUUAUUUAUAGGACCCGGAUUUUAAUGUUUAAAAAACCUACAAAUAAUAUUCUCCUUAUAUUCUCUGUUUUGUCGUUUUAAGCGUACGGUAUUGGUUCGUCACCUUUUGACUGUUACUUGGUUAACCGCGGUCUGAAAACAUUGCAUUUGCGCAUGAAGGAGCACAUGAAAAAUGGAUUGGCCGUUGCCCGAUUCUUGGAGCAACACCGUCUCGUAGAAAAAGUUCUGCAUCCCGGUCUACCGUCACACCCUCAACACAGGAUGGCUGUACGCCAGUGUAGUGGUUUUGGCGGCAUGUUGUCGUUUUACAUAAAAGGUGGCUUACUGGAAGCAAUCAGAUUUUUGAAGGCUUUGCGAGUGUUUUGUGUAGCCGUGAGUCUCGGUGGGACUGAAAGUUUGGCCUAUCACCCGUGAGUAUAUUAUUAUUAUGGUCUUUGAGUAGUAUAUUAUAAAAAAAAAACAUUGUAAAAUUAUUUGAAAUAUUAUACUAUAAAAAAAAAAAUUAGAUACAGAUUGUCGAAUGUCAAAGUACAACCACAGUAUAAUAUUUAUAUCAACUUACCUUAUUAAUUUUGUUUUAGUGAUUAAAUCGGGUUUAAAUUAAUGAUAGGUACUACCGAAGUGUUAGUAGGUAUCAAUCAUUCGAACUAUAAAGAACCUAAAGAAGGUACAAAUAGGUAUAAAGAAGGUACAAAUAUGUACAAACAAUAGGUACUUAAACUCUCAAUAUCGCCUCCAAACUCAUAGUCUAUUUGACGUCUACUUAUCCUUACACCCUUUCCUUCAAGUGACAAUCUAUUGUUAAAUUAUUCAAGAUUUUCUUCUAUCAAAGUUAUCCCUUCGCACAUCCUAGAUGAGACAAUAUCUAUCAAAGUCUUGCUUAGAACUCCUUAUACUGUUUGACAGAAUAUCACACCGGCUGUCAACCCCAUUUUUUUAGCCCUUACGACAAGUAAGGUAAGAGGUACCAUGGUAUUAUUAUGAUCCCCCACAGAGAGCAUAAUCGAGAACAUCGAAAGUGCUCAUAAUUAGCUUAAAUUAAUUUUAUAUAUCUAAAUACCAGAUAAUUUUAUUUUUAAUCGUCUAUACUUGCCUAAUUUUACAGAGCACUGAUGUCACACGCUGAUGUUCCGUUAGAAGAGCGGUUGGCUUUAAAUAUCACGGACAAUUUGAUACGAUUGUCUGUAGGACUAGAAUCCGAAGAUGAUAUAAUAGCCGAUCUUGAUCAAGCGUUACAGGCUUCUAUUAUAGGGAACAACUAAUGAUUUCGCUAAAUUCGGAAAAUUAUUAUUGUCUAAUUUGAAACCUGCUAAUAUAGUUUAUUAGUUAUUAAUAUAUUAAGAUACGUAAGCCAGACAUGGGCAAAUACUUUAAAAAACUAUUAAGAAUACAUAUUCGAAUACAUACCAAAAAAUUAUUCAGAAUAUAUAUUCGCAUACUUGACAAUAAUAGUAUUUCCAAAAUAUUCCAAAUACUUUACCAAACGUAAUCCGAAUAUUUUUGAAAUACUAUCUAAAAUAAGAUGUCCUAGGAUAAUGGAGACAGGUGCAGUCACUGUUGUAGGUGAGAAAUUAGGAAAGUAGGAUACAAAAGGGAAUUUAAUGUAUAUUUGUAAGCUACAAUAAAUGUUAAAUUAAUGAUUCUGAGCGGAGUUCAGUUGGUAGUGAUGCUUUUUCAACAAUAUAUAUAUAUACAUGUCAAAUUGUG